AUGGACCAGGCCGGCCUCCUCUUCGAUGCCAUGACCAAAAGAAACGUGGUAUCAUGGAGUACCAUGAUGACUAGAUAUUCUCAUAAUCAAAUGUUGGAGGAAGCUCGUCGUUUGUUCGAUAGAAUGCCUAAUACAAACUUGGUCGAUGAAUUUGCAAGGGCUUUGUUGGUCUUCUUACAAAUGAGAAGAGCUGGGAUUUUGGUGAGCCAGUCUGGGAUUGCCAUGCCUAUAAUAGCUAGUUUUGGUUUGGACAACAUGUACCUGGUUCAAAAUUUGCAGAAAAUGGAAGAUGUGGUUUCAUGGAUUGCAAUGCUUGCUGGUUAUGCUCAAAAUAGUAUGCUUGAAGAAGCUAGAGCAUUGUUUGAUAUGAUGCCAGACAAAAACAGUGUUACUUGGGCUGCCAUGGUUUCUGGUUAUGCCCAACAUGAGAAAUGGGAACAAGCUUUAAUAGUGUUCUCUGAGCUUCACAAAGAACGCAUAGUGCCCAGGUAUUGGACUUAUACCACUGUCAUUAAUGCUUGUGCUAAUAGUGGAAGAUUAGAAUUGGGGAAGCAAAUACAUUCCCUCUCUAUCAAAACUGGAUGUCAAUUUAAUCCCUUUGUCUCUAAUGGCCUAAUCACCAUGUAUGCAAAGUGCAAACACAUAGAAGAUGCUUCAUGGCAAUUUGGCUCAAUUACGGUCAAAGAUAAAAUUCAAUGGAGCUCUUUGGUUUCGAAGUUCUCUCAGAACCAGGCUCCUGAAGAAGCCUGCCACGUCUUUGACACGAUGGGGAAUCAUGAUAUCAUCUCAUGGACGUCCAUGAUCUCUGUAGACGUUCAAGCUGGUCAUGCAUGUGAAGUCAAUGAAUUGUUUACCACCAUGUCACAUGAAGGCCUCAAACCAAACCCAUUUACCGUAACUAGCAUUCUAUGCAUUUGUGCAGAUUUAGUGGUAAUUGAGCUUGGAAAACAAAUACAUGGCAUGGCCAUAAGGCUUUGGCUAGACAAUGUUGUUUGA